CAAAUUCGUCCUGUCGGCGGGGAAUAAUGACCCAGCAAAGUCAUUCGUUAGAACGGACGAUGGGGAAUGACCGACUGCAUCAUAAAAACGGAUUAACAAAUCCAACCGACAGUUUAUUUAGGCCAAUAAUGGCAGUAUAAUUUUCGGGGAGGAGUGAAGGUAUAUAAUUUGGUUUUUGGGUACUUGUAAUUUGUUGUGAUUGGGCUCUGUUAUGGCGAGUAAUGAUACUGGGGAUGAUCAGAGGAGACAGAUGAAUAAUAAUGUGGAGGAAAUUGUAUGGGCUGUUCUGCAUGGGGAAGAGGAUGUUAAAGUUCGUGCAGCUAAGGAGAUCAGACAUAUGACCAGGACAUCUGCAAGGAGCAGAGCUAAGCUGGCAGCAGGGGGUGUGAUUGUGCCCCUUGUUAAAAUGCUCAGUUCUUCUAAUAUGGAGGCCAAGGAAGCUGCUCUUUUGGCCCUUCUCAACCUUGCUGUCAAAAAUGAGAAGAAUAAGAUCGCAAUAGGGAAGACCGGUGCUAUUGAGCUUUUUGUGGAUCUUUUGGAGUCAAAAAAUGCUCACUUGAAGGAACAUGCUGCUGCAGCAAUACUGACACUUUCAGCCUCUUCUGUCAACAAGCCAAUUAUUGGAUCUUCUGGAGCCACUCAGCUGCUGGUAGAAUUACUUACCAUAGGUACCCACCAAGGAAAGAUGGAUGCAGUCAUGGCGCUCUACAACCUUUCUACAUACCCAGACAAUUUAACAGUCAUUCUUGCUGCUGAGCCUGUGCCAGCUUUGAUAGCAUUGCUGAAAGAGUGCAGGAAAUCUUCUAGAGUUGCUGAAAAAAUCAGUGCUUUGCUAGAAUCACUAUCGGCCUUGGAAGAAGGCAGGACGUGCAUUCUGAAGGAGGAAGGAGGAAUCCUUACACUUGUGGAAGUUAUAGAAGAUGGAUCCUUGCAAAGCAGAGAACAUGCCGUCGGAGCUCUGCUGACAAUGUGUGAAAGCAAUAAGUACAAUUAUAGGGAAGCAAUCCUGAAAGAGGGAGUUAUUCCAGGACUUUUUGAGCUCAUCAUUCAGGGCACACCUAAAGCCCAGAAAAAGGCUCGUGCCCUUUUACAGGCUCUACGAGAAGCUCCUUCCUUGAAUGAAACUGACUCAGCAUCUAUUGCACUUGAGAAUAUUGUCUAUGAUCAUGUUGAUGAUAUGGAGAAAGGAACGGAAGCUGCUAAGAAGCUGUUCACAGAAAUGGUUCAAGCAAGCAUGGAACAGAGCAUGAGUCAUCAUUUAAACCAGGAUGCACUGGUUUGUAUACCAUCAGAGUUUACAAGAACAAAUAACUUAGCUAAAGUACCCCCAAUGUAGCAUACAAUACUUACAUGCUUAGCAAUAAACGUGAAAUGUAUUUCAAUUUGAACGGUAGAUUUUUUUUGCCAGUCCAGGCCACUCUGUGGUAUCGGGUGACUGGUUAGGAAUUGUAUCAAGUUGUUUAUUUAGGAGUUUUAUAGACUCAUAAGAUAUGGUUCAAACAUUAUAUAGCAUAAGCGGCUGAAUUAAAAGAAGGGCAAAGAAAUUGAAAUGUGUAUGAAGCUUUUUUUCUAUCAA